GCCAAACGUGCGUGCUGCUGUGUGAACUGCGGAGCCAUGGCAGCUCUGCUUAGACCCGCUGGCCGGCUCUUCCGUGCCGGGGCGUCCGCGCGCCUUCCGCUCUCUCUGCGCCUCCUCGCGGGCGGCCCGAGCUGGCUGCACGCCGCCUCUGGUCUGCCCGCUGCUCGUGCCGUUCCCGUAGCCAGAGAGCUAGUCACCCAAGCCAGAUUAUAUGCCACAGCCACUGAAAAAAAGGAUCAUCUUCAAGAGGAGCCCAUUUCUGCUCACAGAAGAAAUGCCAGUCAAUUUGAUUGGGCUCUAACGAGACUAGAUAAUUCUGUCCGAAGAACUGGCCGCAUCCCAAAGGCUCUUCUACAAAAAGUCUUUGAUAAGACAUGCCACUCAGGUAACCCAGGUGCUAAUCAAGCUUUGCUUCUACUGCGCAGCUGUGGUUCCCUUUUGCCUGAACUAAAGCUCUCAGAGCGAACAGAAUUUGCUCAUAGGAUAUGGGACAAACUUCAGAAACUGGGUACUGUGUAUGAUGUAAGUCACUACAAUGCUUUACUUAAAGUCUAUCUUCAGAAUGAAUAUAAGUUCUCACCAACUGACUUCUUGGCAAAAAUGGAGGAAGCAAAUAUUCAACCAAAUCGAGUGACAUACCAGAGGUUGAUUGCUGCUUAUUGUAAUGUGGGAGAUAUUGAAGGUGCCAGCAAGAUUCUUGGAUUUAUGAAAAACAAGGAUCUUCCAGUCACAGAGGCAGUGUUCAGUGCUCUUGUUAUAGGGCAUGCAAGAGCUGGAGAUAUGGAGAAUGCAGAAAACAUUCUCACAGUGAUGAAAGAGGCCGGAAUUGAACCUGGUCCAGACACAUACCUAGCAUUAUUGAAUGCAUAUGCAGAGAAGGGUGACAUUGAUCAUGUUAAGCAGACUCUAGAGAAGGUGGAGAAGUCUGAUCUUUAUCUUAUGGACCGUGAUUUGUUGCAAGUUAUCUUCAGCUUCAGUAAAGCUGGGUAUCCUCAGUAUGUUUCAGAUAUUCUGGAAAAAAUUACAUAUGAAAAAAGAUAUAUCCCAGAUGCAAUGAACCUCAUUUUGCUUUUGAUCACUGAAAAGUUGCAAGAUACAGCUUUGCAAAUUUUAUUAGCAUGUCCUGUAUCAAGGGAAGACAACUGGAGUGACUUUGGCAAUUUCUUUUUACAACAUUGUGUGACUAUGAAUACGCCUGCAGAGAAGCUGAAAGACUACUGUAAGAGGUUGAAGGAAGCCCAGAUGCAUACAUCUCCCUUCCAGUUCACACUGUAUUGUGCUUUAUUAAACAAUAAAAUGGAUUUGGCAAAAGCGCUAAUGAAGGCUCUGAAAGAGGAAGGUUUUCCUAUCAGAACUCACUAUUUCUGGCCAUUGAUAAUUGGACAUCAGAAGGAGAAAAACGUUCAAGGUAUAAUUGAAGUCCUCAAAGCAAUGCAUGAAAUGGGAGUGAAUCCUGAUCAGGAGACAUAUGUAAAUUAUGUGUUCCCAUUUUUUGAUAGUGUGAAAUCAGCAUAUGCUAUUUUGCGGGAAAAUGGAUGUCUGUCAGAAAGUACAUUUUUGCAAGCACAGUUCAGAAGUGAAGUGCUAAACGGGAACUUAGACUAUGUUUUAUCAUUUUUGGAAUCAAAUACAUUGCCUUUCCCAUUUAAAUCUUUGAGAGGCAGCCUAAGUUUAGGCUUUAGGAGGUCUAUGAAUAUAAAUCUUUGGAGCAAAAUAACAGAACUGUUGUACAAGGAUGAACGUUAUUGCCAGGAGCCUUCAGGAACAGAAACUGUUGGCUAUUUUCUUUAUAACUUGAUUGACAGCAUGAGUGACUUAGAGGUACAGGCCAAGGAGGAGCAUUUGAGACAAUACUUCCAUCAGCUGAAGCAUAUGAAUGUUAAAAUUCCUGAAAAUAUCUAUAGAGGCAUUCGUAAUCUAUUGGAUAGCUAUCAUGUUCCUGAAUUGAUAAAGGAUGUUAGUAUUUUGGUUGAAAGAGAGAAGACAGACUCUCAAAAAACUUUGCAACAUACGUCAUCUGAUUUAGAGGCUAUGCUUGAAAAACUAAAAGCUGAAAAUCAACCUAUAGGAGAUGUUCUAAAGCAAUUCAUAGUAGCACUUUGUUCAGAACAGAAUAUGCAAAAAGCCCUUGAAGUAAAAGCAAAAUAUGAAUCGGACAUGGUUCCUGGUGGCUAUGCAGCUUUAAUAAAUUUGUGCUGUCGACAUGAUAAUGCAGAAGAUGCUUUGAACCUGAAACAAGAAUUUGACCGAUUAGAUUCAUCUGCUGUCCUUGACACCAACAAGUAUGUAGGCCUCGUAAAAGUAUUGGGAAAACAUGGCAAGCUCCAAGAUGCUAUUAACAUUCUAAAGGAGAUGAAAGAGAAGGAUGUUCUUAUCAAAGAUUCAACAGUCUUGUCCUUUUUCCACAUCCUAAAUGAUGCAGCCUUAAGAGGUGAAGUUGAAACAGUAAAACAGUUGCAUGAAGCCAUCGUGACUCUAGGGUUAGCAAAACCAUCAACCACCAUAAGUUCCCCAUUGGUCACUCUUUAUCUGGAAAAGGAUGACUUACCUGCUGCUCUUGAAGUUGCCAUUGAUUGCUGUGAAAAGUAUAAAAUAUUACCAAGAAUUCAUGAUAUCUUAUGCAAACUGAUAGAGAAAGGCAACACUGAUCUAAUUCAGAAAGCGAUGGACUUUGUAAGCCAAGAACAAGGUGAAAUGACGAUGUUCUAUGAUCUCUUCUUUGCCUUUCUGCAAACAGGAAAUUACAAAGAGGCCAAGAAGAUCAUUGAGACUCCAGGCAUUAGAGCUCGCCCUACAAGACUUCAGUGGUUUUCUGAUAGAUGUAUUUCAAGUAACCAGGUUGAAACCCUGGAAAAAUUAGUGGAGCUGACACAGAAACUAUUUGAAUGUGACAGAGACAAGAUGUACUACAAUCUGCUAAGACUGUAUAAAAUAAAUGGUGACUGGCAAAGAGCUGAUGCUGUCUGGAAUAAAAUGCAAGAAGAAAAUAUUAUUCCUCGUGAGAAGACAUUAAGGUUAUUGGCAGAAAUCCUUAAAAACAGUAAUCAGGAGGUUCCAUUUGAUGUACCUGAGUUGUGGUAUGAGGAUGAAAACUCCCUGAAUUCUUCAUCAACCCCACCUGUAGAAACUGAUUUCCAGAAAGAACUACUGAAUGCCUGCGCACAGAAGAGAAGUCAAGAUGCAUAUAAUACUUUCCUGAAAGCAGAAAGUCAAAAUAUUAUAUUUAACAGUGAAACUUACUGUAAUCUUAUAAAAUUACUAUUGUGGAAGGAUAGUUUUACAGAAGCAAUGCAAGUGAAAUCUGUCGCUGAGAUCCACAUCAAGGGCUUCACACUGAACGGUGCUGCCAACAGCCUCCUCAUCGCAACGCAAGUUAGGCGGGAUUAUUUGAAAGAGGCUCUAACAACGUUAAAAACAACCUUGAAUCUGGAGCAGAUACCUUCUAAGACAGCAGUGACCCGCCUUAUUCAGGCAUUAGCCUUGAAGGGUGAUGUAGAAAGCAUACAGAUGAUUCAGAAGAUGGUAAAGGGGCUUGAAGACUCAAUUGGACUCUCACAUAUGGUUUUCAUCAAUAACAUUGCUUUGGCACAGAUGAAGAACAAUAACAUAGAUGUUGCAAUAGAAAACAUUGAAAGUAUGCUUACUUCAGGGAAUCAAACUGUGGAUCCCCGAUACUUCGGCUUGGCAUACUUAUUCAGAAAAGUAAUAGAUGGGCAGUUGGAACCAGCGCUUGAAAAGAUAAGCAUCAUGGCAGAGAGAUUGGCCAAUCAUUUUGCCGUUUACAAACCUGUCACUGAUCUCUUCCUUCAGCUUGUGGAUUCAGGCAAGGUGGAUGAUGCCAGAGCACUCCUACAGAGAUGCAGUGCAAUCGCUGAACAAAUCCCAAUUUUGUUGGUGUUUUGCAUUAGGAGUUCUCGGAAACCAGGAAAGGCACCAACCAUGAAAUCAUUGUUAGAAUUGAUUCCUGAAUUAAUUGAAAAGGAGGAAGCAUAUGGUUCUAUCAUGAGCAACUAUGCCUUGGACAAUGAUGUUGCAUCUGCUAAAGCGCUAUAUGAACAUUUGACUGCAAAGAAUAUAAAAUUGAAUGACUUAUUUCUAAAGCAGUAUGCAGUUUUGCUGAAGAAAGCUGGAGAGUCUGUCCCUUUCACUGAACCCCCAGAAAGUUUUGCAUUUUAUGCAAAGCAGCUAAAGGAAUUAAAGGAAAGCGCUUUGUGAAGUGAGCAGGCACUACUUUGUUUUGUCUUUGUCGGCACAAGUUUACACCCUACAUCAGGCUUGCCACUUGAACACUGAAUAUGUGAUUUCAUAUAUGAAGGGGGGAAUCUUGGUUUGUAUUCAACUGUAAUGAAUAAAAGUCAUUUCCAUAUGGAUUCAUAUAUUUGUUAAUACCUACAUUAUAGGUAGGUAUUUAAAAACUAUAUAUAUAUUGCCCGUCAGUUUCUAAGAUUUGUGGUCAAGGCAGUUUAUCAUUACAUAGGUGUCUUAAUGUAUUAAUACGGACUAUUUGGGGAUUAAGUAAGUAAUCACCAAAAACACUGAAAAUGUUUUUUUUUGCAGAAUUAUCUCCAUUUUUGUUUAUUCCUUGUCUAUUCAAAUUUGGUGAUGACUCACCAUUUUGUCUUUAGUGAAGACCCUCUUCUCACCAUUUACCUGGAGGGGAGUCCUUGCCUUAGGGGAAUAAACCGACCUCUUGCUAUUUAUAUUAACCUUUUGACUUGUGGGGCCAGUCCUCUUCUGCCUCUAGUGCCUGUGGAUGGUGUGAGAGCAAGGGUUGAUGAAGGGAAGCUAAGAAGUAAAUGUCUUCUUGGCAUUAGACAUGCUUUUACUUCCAUUGUGUUUUUUUUUAGAGUUAGACCUAAGGAAUCACGAGGCUCGGCUAAUGCUGGGUCCUGGCCUAGAAGACUUAAUAAAGCUUUCCUCUGUGCUCUCCCCAGGUUUGGGUUUGGUACAUGUAGUAGUUUUUCUUGAUGUUCAUUAAAAUAGUUCUCUAAGGUGAGGCAUAACCUUAUUAUAAUCAGGACUUCCUAAUCAUCUUUGGGGAAACUGAAAGUAGAAUCUCAUUUGCAUGAAGCGAUUCCAAAUUAGCCUUGUAUACUGGCUGAUAAAAUGUGGGCACAAUAGAGGAGUAGAGGAAAUUAGUAGAAUCCGUCAUCUAGCAUCCUAAACAGCAGGCUGGGGGCAUUAAAUAUAUUAUAUAUUUUAAAGAAAUAUCAAGACAAAUAUCUUUAGCACUGUUUUGGCUUCACUUUUCAGUGUAAAAUAUUUAAAGUCUAAUAAUUGUAUGUUCUAGGUGGGCUUAAGAAUGCUUUCUAAAUAUCUAAGAGCUAAAUUGAAAUAGAGUUAUAGAGUAACCACAAAAAUAAACGUGAGGAAAAUCGUAUUUUAUAUGUAAUUAUACAUUAAUGCGUUUCAACCUAAUAUGAGUUUAAUGUGAAAUGAGUUGAAUAAAGUAUACCUCAAAUA